UUACAAACAAAAAAAAAAAAGAUUGGAAAAAAAUCGCCGGUCGAAUUCCCGGUUUCCCCCAUUUCGCUCCGCAUAGGCGUAGCAUCCGCAAUCUCCCAUGGCGGCGUCGCCCGCCCUCCUCUCGCUGACCCCCGCCGUCUCCAGGCACCCCCACCUCCUCUUCUCCCCUUGCCCUCCGCCGCGCCACGUCCGCCUCGCCCCCCCUCUAGCCGCCGCCACACCCUCCCCGGGCGGGAACGGCCCUGGCCCUGGCCCCGGCGUCUUCCUGUCGCCGCGCGCGCUCUCGCAGCUCGACGAGCUCGCGGCGUUCCGCUACGAGCACGCCUUCCCGCACGGCCUCCUCACCGUGCGCGCCCUCACGCGUGGCCCCGACGACGACGCCGUGGCCGAGGCGCUCGUCCGCCUCCUCGCCUCCUCCUUCUCCGAGACCGUGCGCUGGGCCCCGGCGCAGCGGUACGCGCAGCUCCUCACGUUCGUCAUCCGCAGGUACCUCCACGACCGCCGCGGGCUCGCGCCGCACGCCGCGGUGCUCGUGGGGUUCUACCGCCCCGCUGACGCCGGCAGCGACGACAGCGCCGCCUCGGAGGAGGGCGGCCGGGAUGAUGAGGGCGGCGAAGGGGAGGGUGGAGAUGAAGGGGAGAUGGCGUGCACCGCGGAGGUGUCGUUUGACGCGGUGGGCGCGCCCGGGGCCCCGCCCACGCCCACUCCGCCGCUCGACUUCCCCUACAUCUGCAACAUGACUGUGAAGACGCCACUGAGAAGGAGAGGAAUUGGAAAGCAACUUCUUAAGGCAUGCGAGGAUCUGGUUUUCAAGAUGAAUGCCAGAAGACGUGUGUAUCUUCAUUGUAGAAUAAUCGACCAAGUCCCAUUCAACAUGUACAGGAAAGCUGGAUAUAUUAUUGUCCAGACUGACAGUAUUUUGGUCUGGCUGAGCCUUCAAAAGCGGAAGUACUUGAUGAGCAAGGAAUUACCCCAAGCUUCUGUUGUUAGUGAGACUUCAACCAAAAACUUUGAUGAUAAUAUUGACAAGCUGAAUGUGCUACGGGACUAACAGUACAAAACUGAAUUAGACUGUUGGCAAAAUGGAACUGUUGAUGCAUAUGGCAUUUAUACCAUUGAAGUUAUGCGACAACUAACGACGGAAAUGAACUUUGUUUUGCUGGAGUUCUAUGAGAAUCCACGUCCCACGAUACAUAUAAGAAUGGUACUGGUAGUUUUUCUCUCUCUAGAACCUAUGGUACAAAUGUGUUUUCAAAGUCGACUAGGGAACCGACAAUAAUAUAGGCCAUUUCUACUUACGCUUGUGUACCAUCAAUUGUAAAUCUGCCAGUGCAAGCCCUUUGGAACCAUUGGUACAUGCUCUUAUUGUAGUAGUGCAUAUCCAAUAUUUUCUCCUGAUAAUUAUGAUUUACUCAGUUCUCGAGAUUUCUGUCACUGUUUCAUCCCAGUCCCAGGUUUUGUGCCUGGUGGUCUUAAAGAGGGAAGAGAGAAUAAACUAUAUGCAUUCCACUCUGUUCUCAUGAAAACUUGAAAACCUUGUGCGCCACUAUUCAUCUUCCUCCACCACAUAAUGUAUCCAUUUGGUUGCUAUGAUAACAAAAAUAAAUGAAUUAUAACAGUGUUGCUUGCCUAUCAGAUCCUAGAUUUCUUCUCAUUUUCUUUGCAUUCUUACUUUCUUAGACUUAGAUUUUAAUUCAAUAUUGUUAGUUUGUUCGACAAAAUUUCUAAAUAGGUAUUGUUUGUUUAUGAUUUAGAUUUUGGGUGUGGUAGUGUUGGUCCAAGGAUUCUCUGACAUUAACUUACAUUGUAGUGAUACUCUGCUUCUCCAAUAAAAAGGAGUGUGCACUGCAAAUAUGUGUAUAUGAGGUUCGCUAUUCACUGUUUGUAGGCUAGAACAAAGGAAAAAACAUGGUCCCAGUAACAUCAACACCACACUAGAACAUCAUGUCUAUCAAAGUAAUCUUUCAAAUCCUGGCCUUUUCUUUAGUUUUUACCUUGUUUACAUCAUAUCAUGCUUUGGGUGAGGGUGAUCGUUACAAUGAAGAAUUAGUAAAUAUUAAAUGCAGAGAAACCAUGCAAAUUGAUAGCCUGUGUGUCAUCCAAGCAACGAAUAUUGUCAUGUUGUGCAAGUAUCUAACAUGGUUUGCAUUUGUCGCAUCCUUCCAAUGGCAGACCUAAUCAGGAUAAUGGUGUGGUGUUGAUGCUAACAUAGGAAACCUUUUGGGACCUUGAAUUAGGAAAAGCCUUAAACUAAUUUGACCAGCCAAUUCACUUCUUUUCAUUGUUUUUGCAUAAUUGAUUUUGCAAGUCUUACUCAUAUUUCUUAAGCACAGAAAGUAAUAACUCAUUCCACAUAUCUAUUGGUCCUGGCAAACACCAAUGGGAACAGUCACUAUAACCCCUCAUCCACUUGUUAUUCCAAUGGAUCCCUGGAUGUGCAUCAGGUCUCAUGGACAUAGCUUUGGUUAUAUCUAAAAUCUCUAUAUUCAUCCGCCUCCUGUGUCUGUUUUCGAUCUGUGCUCUGCUAGCUUCCUCAACCUGUGCAUUUCUUAUUGCCCAUUCUACUGUUCUUGUCAUUGCUUCUCCUCCUCCCAUCGGUUCAGUUCUAUUGCAAUAUCCUCCAGUAUUCCAGAAGCCAUUUUCAAAAUGUGCUGGUGUUGCUGUUCUUAC